UCAAGAGUUAGGAAUUAAUCAUGAUAAUUUACUCGAAGCUCUUAUACGUGAGUUUUGUAGAGGGUCUGUACUAUGAAAGUAUUGACAAACCUAAAAUGUUAAAUCUAAAGAAAACUCAAAUAAUAUUUAAAUGUAAAUUCCGAUCAAAAUUGCAGAAAUAUUCAAGAACCUUCUCUAGACUUUUGGAAAACGAGCAAACUUGGUUGAACAAAGAUGUAACUGUUGACAAAAAAAACUUUGCAGCAGGUCCAGGCAGAAAGAGCAAGAACUGGGAAGAUUUAGGUGAUAGAAGCAGAAGAUCUAAGGUUGCCAAAUUGGCUGAACAUCCUGCUGAAGCAUUGGCAUUAGCUUCAAUUAAAAAAGCCACUAGAAAUCCUACCAAAAAAGAUUUCGUUGUUCUCAUGAAAAGUGCAACAAACUCUGAAAAAGUUAAUAUCACGGAGAUAAAUUUUCCGAUAAAAAUGAAAACCGAAGAUGCCUUGAGCUUAAAAGUUCAGUGUGACCUUUCUGAUGAGCAGUAUGAAGUUAUUAGAAAUUCAUCAAUAAUACAUAAUGCAGAUAUUUAUCCAAGAUAUCAAGAAAGAAUGUUAUGA